CAAUGAUCCAUUGAAACAGAAAUAAAAUCAUUCAAUUCCCACAAACCAAAAUCUCAGUUCUAAAUGCUUCUGUUAAUGGAACAAGGUGGAGAUCAACAACACGAUAAAGAGGAGGAGGUAGUGGUGGUGGUGCAACUCCAUGCAGAGAGAGGGGCUUUCUCACUGCUAGACCCCGUGACGGGAGGACUCUCCGGUGGCCUCUAUGACAAGCCGCUGCUGUGCUUCGGUUGCGGGAUCGGAUGGUUUUCAUUCCUCAUGGGGUUUGUGUUUCCUCCACUGUGGUACUAUGCCACAGUUCUCUAUUUUGGAAAUUAUUAUCAUAAAGAUCCAAGGGAGCGACCAGGCCUUGCAGCAUCUGCAAUUGCAGCCUUGAUUUGUUCAGUUGCUGUCAUAAUUUCCCUGCUGGCUAUGUUCUUGUCUUAGCAGUUUCUCUACCAAAGGAAAUUUCAGGAAAUACGGUCAUUAAGAUAUGUAAACUAUUUCCCUUUGUUUUCCCUUACACAGAAAUUCAACUUCAACCAUGAAUUGACUGAACAUUAGAUGACUCCCUGAAAACAUGGAGUGUGUAAGUUUCCUGUAAUCUUGUGAAAAAUUCUAGACAUGCCUCUAUGACAAUAAAACAUAAUAAUUUUCCAUAAUGUUUUAGCUUUCAUACUCCACAUUAAUAUACCUGAUAGUGUUUUCAUUUACUCAGAAGGAAGAGUAGAAACAGAGCCACCGCUCAAGAAACAGAAUCAAAUUUGUAAUUUUAGGUGGG